AUGGAUGACCUCGCAAAAUGCCUGCCAGCUGGGCGCCAAGAGAAUGGCAACUCGUCUGAUACCGAGCCAAUUCAGGAGAAGAACAAUCUGGAUAGUGUAGUGAUCAAAAGGGCAGUAACAUUUGAUGAACACGACGACGAUGUGAUAAGGGAAGUCCCGCUAACAUUGAACUCUCGAAAAAUGAGCAAUGGGAACGGAAGUGUGAAGCGAAGUAUACCGCCAACGUUGAAGCCCGUCGUUGAUGCCAGGCUGAAUAGUCCCGAGGUGGACUGGAUCAAGAAUGCCUUCCUCUAUAUAUGCCCCCGUGAUGUCCUCACGCUGCAUCGGGUUGAAAAUUUUGCUGAAUACGUGGAAGUCGUUGCCAUUCGAAAUACGUCAACCGAGUCAGUGAUGUUCAAAAUCAAAACCACCUCACCAGAGAAGUUCCGAGUGCGACCGAGUAUGGGCACCAUAUCACCCGGAUCUACUGAAAUCAUUCGAGUAUAUCUUCAAAGUGGUGAGUCAUAA